UGUUUACUGUCGAGCACAGCUAGCAUGUUUGGCCGACCGAGGAGCAGAGUAAUCCUUAAAAAAGUGUUCAGAGCUGACCUUUCCCCUCAUGCUUUGACUCCUGAAAUGCCCGGGGUUCAAAGUGUUUCAGAGGUCGUCCAGCAGCUUUCAGUGAGUAAAGAAGAGCUUCACCUUGAGCAAAAAGAGAGGAGCUCAAGUCUGAUCCAGGAGAUUACUGAGCCUCUGCACAUUAAAGAGGAACAGGAGGAACUGUGGAGCAACCAGGAGGGAGAGCAGCUUGAAGGACCAGAAGAGACUGAUAUAAUCAAGUUUACAUUCAGUCCUGUCCCUGUGAAGAGUGAAGAUGAUGAAGAGAAUCCUGAGUUUUCACAGCUUCAUCAAGUACAAACUGAGCAGAUGGAAACAGGAGCUGAUGGACGGGACAGACGAGGAUCAGAGCAAGCCAGGUCCUUUGGUUCAGAGGGGUAUUUAAUACCAGAGACGGAGGUCAAGACUGAAGACUCCUCUGAACCGGAGACUGAUGACAGUGCUGACUGGACAGACACAACAGAACGAAAGUCUAGUUUAAACUCAGGAGACAUUUGUAAAAAUAAGAGACAAGAGAAACUGCAUUGCUGCUCUCUGUGUGGUAGAAGUUUUAUCAAAAAAGCUUCCCUGACAUCUCAUAUGCGCAUCCACACCGGGCCGAAACGAUUCACCUGCCCUGAAUGUGGCAAAGGAUAUUUCUAUCCAAGAAGUAUGACUAGACACUUGGAAGUUCAUGCCAGACAGCGACUCUUCUCUAAAAUUCCUAACAAUAAAUGGAAGCUAAGCAGACACGUAAUAAUUAAUAAAGGAGAGAAAAUUUUCACAUGCUCUGAGUGUGGUAAAAGAUUUAAACAAAAGUCUUAUCUGACACUUAACAUGGCAAAUCCCAAGAAACCCUUUAGUUGCAUUUAUUGUGGCCAAGGGUUUGAUUUGUUUGAUCAGUUAAGAAUUCACAAGUGUGCUGGUGGCCAGGCCUUGGAGUCUCUUCAGAGAGGAACAGUGGAGAAAACAGGAACUGAUAAAGAGGACUGUGGAGGAUCAGAAAAAGCCAAAAGCUCUAAUCCAGAAAGACAUUUACAGCUAGAGACCGAGGGCAAAACAGAAGCUGAGACUGAAGACGGUGCUGACUGGAAGGAGACAACAGAACACCAGUCAGGCCUAAAGUCAAUGAAAAACAUUAAAAGUAUGACGCCAAAUACUGAUAAAGAAUCACAUUGCUGUGUUACAUGUCGUAAAAUUUUAAACAAAAAUGUCACCUUAAAGGUCAUAUGAGAAUUCAGACAAGAGAAACCCUUUGGCUGCACCAAAUGUGGCAAAAUACUUUUUUAAUCAAAUAAUUGUGGCAACGUACUUUUUAGUCCAUACUGAAGAAUGAGAAGUUUUUCAUGUUGUUAAAAUGAAAAUAGCCAAAAUAAAACGUGCUCACACAAAUCCCUCAGCUUCACUGAUUAUGGAAAUGAUUUUAGCCUUAAAGGGCAUUCAACAAGUGAGAGCUUACAUGGAAGAGAAACCAUUCGGCUGCUCUGAGUGCAGUUAAAUACUUGUUUUUAAAAACGUAUGUGACAGCUGACAUGGCACAUAACAGCUAGGGAGUAGCAUGCAAUCAUAAUACAGGCUUCAGUUGCUACUAGACAAUUGUCUUCCUCAUCUGCAUAGAUCAGCACUGAAAAAUGCUCCCAAACUUUGUAGAAAGUCUCCUUACUUGAAGAUAUUAAUCUGAUGUUGAAAUCCAGAGCAAAAUCUGCAGAAUAAAAUUUAAUUAUCUUAAUUAACGAAGAUAAACUCAGUAAAAAUGGCUUUAAGGCAUAUUUGAAUAAAAUGCCAUGAUGUGUUCAAAUGUAAUGUCAUGGAAGUAAAAAUUGUGUUUUUCUUGAGAAAUUUCAAUAAGUACACGUGAAGAUGAGGAAUGUGUCUGUUAUUUCAGCAGUAUAGAAUAGAUAUAACAGAUGGAAUCAUGACCUGUUCAAGCUCUACUCACCUUAUUCCUGCACUACCGUCUACAAUGUCUUGUAAUUUUUUUCUUUCCAACAAAUAAGGGAAAUGGAUCAAUAAGGAAUAGUGAUCUAAGGGUUUCUCUAUAAAUAAAAAUUAGGGACAUCCAUUCCUAACCAUAGGGUUGAGAGAAAAAUGCUGGAGAAGGCUUGAGGAUCAGAACAAGUCAGAAACUCAGAUCCAGAGACAUUUGCAUCAUAGAUUGAGGUUAAGACUGAAGAAUGUUUUGACCUGAGAUCAACUGGUGAUAUGAGAUGUAAUAUUUCAGAUACUGCUCUGUGGUAGUAUAUUCAGCUGGAACGUUCCCUUUUAAAGACACAUUAUUUAUACAGAGAUCAUUUUGGGUAUAGAAUACUAUAUAUAUAUAUAUAUAUAUAUAUAUAUAAAAUAUAAUAUCAGAGCAACAAAACAUGGGACAUAGCUGCUACUGAGCCGCACCCCUACCGAGGAGUAAACUCCAUAGAGAACUGCAUCACGUGACCAAUGGCAACUGUAGACAUGUCAAUACACAACUUAUGUUGUUUUUGAAAAAAAAAAAAAACAACUCACUGCU